GUUGCCAGCAUGUGAACCCUCCUCACAGAGCACCAAAUCCCGUGCCUCUGGAGACCUGCCAGGCUGCUGCCUCCUUCUCCCCAUACUCCAGGCCGAGGGCAGGCCAUUCGUGUGGGACAUCAGUCCCUGCAACCAGCUUCUGGCCAUGGCGGGACCGGAGUGGCAGUCCCUGGAGCAGUGCCUGGAAAAACAUCUGCCGCCUGACGAUUUGGCCCAGGUGAAGCGAAUUCUCUACGGCAAGCAGACUAGGAAUCUCGAUCUGCCCAGAGAAGCUUUAAAAGCUGCCUCAGAAAGGAACUUUGAACUGAAGGGAUAUGCCUUCGGGGCAGCCAAGGAGCAGCAGAGAUGCCCCCAGAUCGUGCGCGUGGGGCUCGUUCAGAACAGAAUCCCGCUCCCCACUUCUGCCCCCGUGGCAGAACAGGUCUCUGCGCUCCACAAGAGCAUAGAGGAGAUUGCUGAGGUGGCCGCAAUGUGUGGAGUCAAUAUCAUCUGUUUCCAGGAAGCAUGGAAUAUGCCGUUCGCUUUUUGUACACGAGAGAAACUUCCUUGGACAGAAUUUGCUGAGUCGGCCGAGGAUGGGCUCACCACCAGGUUCUGUCAGAAGCUGGCAAAGAAGCACAACAUGGUGGUGGUGUCUCCAAUCUUGGAGCGUGAUAGAGAGCAUGGGGGAGUUCUGUGGAACACAGCUGUGGUGAUCUCCAAUUCAGGGCUGGUCAUGGGGAAGACCAGAAAGAACCACAUCCCCAGAGUGGGAGACUUCAACGAGUCCACUUACUACAUGGAGGGAAACCUGGGCCACCCCGUGUUCCAGACCCAGUUUGGCAGGAUUGCAGUGAACAUUUGCUAUGGGCGGCACCACCCCCUCAACUGGCUCAUGUACAGCAUCAACGGAGCUGAAAUCAUCUUCAACCCUUCGGCCACCAUUGGAGAACUCAGUGAGUCCUUGUGGCCGAUCGAAGCCAGAAAUGCAGCCAUUGCCAAUCACUGCUUCACCUGUGCUCUCAACCGUGUGGGUCAGGAACACUUCCCCAAUGAGUUUACUUCUGGAGAUGGAAAGAAAGCUCACCAUGACCUCGGCUACUUCUAUGGUUCGAGCUAUGUGGCAGCUCCCGAUGGCAGCCGGACCCCCGGCCUCUCCCGUAAUCAGGAUGGGCUGCUGGUCACGGAGCUCAACCUCAAUCUCUGCCAGCAGAUCAAUGAUUUCUGGACUUUCAAGAUGACGGGACGACUUGAGAUGUAUGCCCGGGAACUUGCCGAAGCGGUCAAACCCAACUACAGUCCCAACAUUGUGAAGGAAGACCUGGUACUAGCCCCUAGCUCGGGUUAGGUUUGGGGACAUAUCCGGCCCCAGUGGAUAAGUUUUAAAAUGUAUACAAGGCGGAGUUUUUAAUACUCAGGCAGGAGGAGGGUAGAAUAGGCACUUAACUGCGUAUGUGUGAUAAUUGUUAAUGAUGAAUAUGAGAACUUUCUUCUGGGGACUUGGAAAUGUUUGGGGAUUCAAAAGAUGAUUCAACAUCAUUGAAAUUUUAUUAAAUGUGACUGGAUCGGUAUACUUCAAAAGUGUUUUGUGUAGUGUAGAUUCUACCCCAGGAUAAGAUGCUGUAGGAUCAUAUUAAGGCCAUGGAAAGGAGCUGGUCCGGAGGAGAAUGGGAUGUGGUAAUACCUGGGCGUGGGCAGCUUUGAUAGACUUCCCAGCUUCCCACCCUGGUCUCCAUUUGUGUCUAUAAUGAGAUGCUACGUGGACCAGGCCGACCUUCUCUGCUCCUCUACCUGGUGUCCUGUUCCUCAGCUCCAUUCCGACCCCAUCUCAAGGUUCCAUCAGCUCCUCAAGGGGCAAUCUGGGAAACUGUGUACUAGCAGGAAGACAGUAAGAGCAGAUGAGAGUCACAGAGACCAUAGCAUCUCUGUGAGCAGAUGGACUGUUCAUAGGAUAAGCUGAGUCAACUUAGCUAUGGCCCAAUUAUUCAGGCAGGCACAAACCUAGGUGUCUUAGUUAGGACUUUACUGAACAGACACCAUUACCAAAGCAAAAUUAUAAGGACGAUAUUUAAUUGGGGCUGCUUACGGGUUCAGAGGUUCAGUCCAUUAUCAUCUAGGUGGGAACAUGGCAGCAUCCAAGCCGACCUGGUGCAGAAGAAGCUGAGAGUUCUACAUCUUCAUUUGAAGGCAGUCAGGAGAAGACUGGCUUCCAGACAGCUAGGAUGAGGGUCUUAAAGCCCACGCCCACAGUGACACACCUACUCUAGCAAAGCCACCAAAUAGUGCCACUCCCUGGGCCAAGCAUAUUACAAACCAUCACACUAGGUGAUGCAGAGAAUUUGAGGUGGGAGACAUGGUCCCAUUGUCUUGCCGGUCUUGAACUCAGGAUCAAAGCACCAUCCUGCCUUCUAAGUAGCUAGGACUACAGGUAUGUGCCACCAUGCCCAGCACUGUGCAAAGGUAUCUUACAAAUGUGAUCAAAGUUUACAGCCUGUUGACUGAUCAUGCCAUAAAACUAAGGUGAACCUCACUCAGUCUGCUUACAGCGCUAACAAGCAUCCUUGAGCCUUCCAUGAGGAAGAAGGAAUUCUGUGUAGACAACAGUUCCAGCCCCUGGCAAGACAGUCAGCCUGCCUCCUUGACAUCUCUCCCUGGAGUUAUUAGACUGACCUAGCCAACUGCCCCACCCCACCCCCUUCACCUCCUCAUAAUAUCUCCUAACAUGUUGCCUGUGAGUACUGCCUCUGGUUGGGCUAACUGAUACAGGCUUUGAUGCCCAAAGGAACAGAAGCUUAGGGGAUGAGUUUCCCUCUCUGGGUCUGGGUUUCUGGAAUGUUUUCCAUUUGAUUUGGUUUAAAGGCACCAAUGACUCUGUUUCCUGUGGUAAACACAGAAGUGGUUGCUCGUGGCACGAUGGGUGCCACCAUUAACAUCUACGUGUGGGGCCGAUCGCAGCCAGGGCCCAAGUGCACCAGCCUGCCUGCCCUUCCUGGUGGCCUUCCCUGUGGGUCUCAGGCUUGUGUAAUCAGGCUUCCUAUCGUCCCAUCAGGAAGUUCUUUGUAC